CAAUACAUAAAAAAAAAAAUCAUUUUCUAUACAUAAACAAAAUGGCAGAAUCUUCAUCAACCAAAAGUGGUCUUAGGUUAGCCGGCAAAGUAGCCAUAGUCACCGGAGGUGCUAGCGGUAUUGGCAAAGAGACGGCGCAUCUCUUUGUCAAACAAGGUGUACGUAUAGUGGUGAUUGCUGAUAUUCAAGAUGAGUUGGGAAUUCAAGUGGCUAAAUCCAUUGGUACAGAUAAGUGCAUAUUUAUUCAUUGUGAUAUUAGAAUUGAAGAUGAUGUUAAAAAUCUCGUUCAAUCAACAGUCAAUACUUACGGACAAAUUGAUAUUAUGCACUGCAAUGCUGGGAUUGUGAGUCCAAGUGCUCAAAUCGUGUUGGAUUUCGACGUUUCUCAAGCUAAUGGCGUGUUUGCAACUAAUGCUAUAGGAACAGCAUUGUGUGUAAAAUACGCAGCUCGCGCGAUGGUGGAGGGUAAGGUGAAGGGUAGCAUUGUAUGCACGUCAAGCGUAGCCGGUAGCUAUGGUGUCGGAACGGGGACAGAUUACUCGAUGUCGAAGCAUGCAAUAUUAGGGUUAAUGCGCUCAGCAAGUGUGCAACUUGGAAAAUACGGGAUAAGAGUGAACUCUGUGUCCCCAAAUGGAUUAGCGACUCCACUGACUGAGAAACUGCUAGACGCUGAUGCAAAGACAGUGGAAAAGAUUUUUUCAAAAUACUCAAUGUUGAAAGGAUUGGUUUUAAGGACUAAUAAUGUGGUAGAUGCAGUAUUGUUUUUGGCAUCUAAUGAAUCUGACUUUGUCACGGGUCUCGAUCUUCGUGUGGAUGGCAACUAUGUUACUAACGCUGAUAAUUUGAAGGAUUAAACAUCGCAUAUGUUAAUAAGGAGUAAUGCAUAUAAUCCAUAUUCUAAAAUAAAUACAAUAAAAUAAAUAUGAAAAAAGAUUGAUAUAAUAUUAAUAUUUUAAUAUGAUAAACUAUGUAAGUUGUAUUU